CCCUACGUCCUCGCGCAGCGCAGGUCGGUGAAAAGUGUACAAAUCGGCUCACUCAAGUACUCAACCUCCCCGAGUCGAGAAUAGUUUCAGCUGAGGCAGAGCGUCUGCGCAGAGUCCCUGCGAACCCAGUACGAUGCGACACAUUCUCCAGUCCAUCCUGUUCUUCACGUCGACCUUUAGCUACACUGGUGUUCUAGGAAGCGACACCGGGUACAGCCAUCUGGCGGUUUGCAAUGCGGUCGCUCAGGUGGUCUCAUCCAAGUCUAGUAUCUUUUAUCCAGGUUCCGACCAAUACAACUCUGAUAAUCACCACUGGGCGCUGUCAAGUACCACGAACUCUACCUGUACUGUCGAGCCAGGCACGGCAGAAGACAUUGGGAAGAUACUGACAAUCCUCGGUAUAACUCAGGCCCCAUUUGGAGUCAAAGGCGCUGGUCACACCGGUAAUCCUGGGUUUUCAUCGACCGUCGGUGUUCAAAUUGCAAUGUCCCGUUUUAAUGAAGUUUCAUAUGACGCGGACACGGGCAUCGCCAAGAUUGGCGCGGGAAACGUCUGGGACAACGUAUAUGCCGGUCUCCAGCCCUUCAAUGUCGGCGUCGUGGGGGGACGCGUUAGCGGAAUCGGCGUAGCAGGCUUCACUCUAGGUGGAGGAUAUUCGUACAAGACAAAUGAGUAUGGCCUGACCAUCGAUACCGUCGAUGGCUUUGAGGUGGUGCUCCCGAGUGGAGCAGUUGUCCUUGCUGAUGCUACGCACCACCCAGACCUGUUCUAUGGAUUGAAGGGCGGCUACAACAAUUUCGGUAUCGUGACGGCUUUCUACUUGAAGACGCACCCGGAAACAUCCGUUUGGGGCGGUUCUAUCACUACCACUGGCGUCGAUGGGGAUGUGAUGGCCGCUGUUCUCAAGUUCUAUUCGACAGUGACGGACUCGAAGGCGGCGCUUCUGCCCACCUUCAACUAUGACUCUUCCAUUGAGAUGAGCAUCACGCAGCUUGGACUGUUCUACAAUGCGCCAGAACCACCUCAAGGGCUGUUCGAUGACUUCAUGGCUAUUCCCGCUCUGGUACAGAACGUCUCGACACGCUCGCUGCUCUCCCUCAUCCAGGCAUCCCCGGAACCUUCGGGUCUAAGAGGUUCCUUCCACACGACAUCCCUACAUACCUUAUCGUCCGCCUUCCUCAAUGCUGUGGUGAACGAGACCGAGUUCUGGAGUGCCAAGCUCACGCCCUCCGUCCCCGGGCUCUUCCUCAGUUACGACGCCGAGCCUUUCCUAUCCAGCUACCUCUCGCACGGGUCGCCCUCCGCCUGGCCGCCGAGUCGCUCCACCGCGCUCCUACCGAUCAUCCUCUAUUACGCGUGGGCAUUGCCAGAGAACGACACCGCCAUCCACGAGGCGAUGGUCCAGAGCGUGGAGUACCUGACGCGAGUCGCGAUCGCGGAGGGCCAGGACGUCGCGGCGGCGCCGUUGUACCCGAACAAUGUGAUCGACGGUGUCCCGAUGGAGAGGAUGUAUGGGGAGAAUCUGGAGAGGUUGAGGGCGAUCAAGGCGGUGUAUGACCCGGCGGACGUUAUGAGUCUUGCAGGAGGGUGGAAGUUUUGAAGGACAUAUGUAGUAGUCCGCUAUUGCGAGCACCACUGUAAUCGCACUGCCGUACAGUGCAGCAAUGAUGCUCCCCUUGUUACGUUUUAAUUCCUCCUAGUCGUAUCCAUAUCUUGUGUGUCCCGCAUGCGUGGGGUUCAAGCCGGCGCAUCCCAUGGGGUGUACUGUGC